GGGCGGCGGGCGCGCGCGCGUGGCCUGGCGGCGGCGGGCGGCCCUGACGCCGCGCGGGCCCCGCGCCAUGGCGGAGACCAAGAUCAUCUACCACAUGGACGAGGAGGAGACGCCGUACCUGGUCAAGCUGCCCGUGGCGCCCGAGCGCGUCACGCUGGCCGACUUCAAGAGCGUGCUGGGCAACCGGCCCGUGCACGCCUACAAAUUCUUCUUCAAGUCCAUGGACCAGGACUUCGGGGUGGUGAAGGAGGAGAUCUCUGAUGACAAUGCCCGGCUGCCCUGUUUCAAUGGCCGCGUGGUGUCCUGGCUGGUCCUGGCUGAGGGCUCCCACUCGGACACAGGGUCUCAGGGCACAGAUGGCCACACAGACCUUCCCACCCCCUUGGAGCGGAUGGCUGGCAUUGGGGACUCUCGGCCCCCUUCUUUCCACCCAAAUGUGGCCAGCAGUCGCGAUGGCAUGGACAAUGAGACUGGUACCGAGUCUCUGGUUGGUCACCGGCGGGAGCGACCUCGGCGUCGGAACCGUGAGGAAGCCACCAGGACCAAUGGGCACCCACGGGGGGACCGGCGGCGGGAUGUGGGGCUGCCCGCGGACAGCGCUUCCACUGUGCUGAGCAGCGAGCUGGAGUCCAGCAGCUUCAUUGACUCGGACGAGGACGACAACACCAGCCGGCUGAGCAGCUCCACAGCACACAGCACAUCCUCCCGGCUCAUCCGGAAGCACAAGCGCCGGCGGCGGAAGCAGCGCCUGCGGCAGGCCGACCGGGCGUCCUCCUUCAGCAGCAUCACCGACUCCACCAUGUCCCUGAACAUUGUCACCGUCACUCUCAACAUGGAGCGGCACCAUUUCCUGGGCAUCAGCAUCGUGGGCCAGAGCAAUGACCGCGGGGACGGCGGCAUCUACAUCGGCUCCAUCAUGAAGGGCGGGGCAGUGGCCGCCGAUGGCCGCAUCGAGCCUGGGGACAUGCUGCUGCAGGUGAACGACGUCAACUUCGAGAACAUGAGCAAUGAUGACGCUGUGCGGGUGCUGCGGGAGAUGGUGUCCCAGACUGGGCCCAUCAGUCUCACGGUGGCCAAGUGCUGGGACCCCACACCGCGGAGCUACUUCACGAUCCCGAGGGCUGACCCCGUCCGGCCCAUCGACCCCGCGGCCUGGCUGUCACACACAGCAGUGCUGAGUGGAGCCUUGCCACGCUACGGUACGAGCCCGUGCUCCAGCGCUGUCACCCGCACCAGCUCCUCCUCACUAACCAGCUCUGUGCCUGGCGCCCCACAGCUGGAGGAUGCGCCGCUGACCGUGAAGAGUGACAUGAGCGCUGUGGUGCGGGUCAUGCAGCUGCCAGACUCAGGCCUGGAGAUCCGCGACCGCAUGUGGCUCAAGAUCACCAUCGCCAACGCCGUGAUCGGCGCUGACGUGGUGGACUGGCUCUACUCGCACGUGGAGGGCUUCAAGGAGCGGCGGGAGGCGCGCAAGUACGCCAGCAGCAUGCUGCGGCGCGGCUUCCUGCGGCACACUGUCAACAAGAUCACUUUCUCUGAGCAGUGCUACUACGUGUUUGGGGGCCUGUGCAGCAACCUGGCCGCCCUGAACCUCAACAGCGGCUCCAGUGGGGCCUCUGAUCAGGACCCUGUGGCCCCGCUGCCCCACCCCAGUGCCCCUUGGCCCCUGGGUCAGAGCUACCCCUACCAGUACCCGGGCCCCCCGCCCUGCUUCCCGCCCGCCUACCAGGACCCUGGCUUCAGCUACGGCAGUGGCAGCGCUGGGAGUCAGCAGAGCGAAGGGAGCCGGAGCAGCGGGUCAGCACGCAGCGGCGGGAGCAGCCGGCGAGCCCUGGGCCGAGAGGAGUGCUGGACAGCGGGAGCCAGGGGCAGCGGCAGCGAGUCAGACCACACGGCCCCUAGUGGACUGGGCGGCAGCAGCUGGCGUGAGCGUCCAGCCAGCCAGCUUAGCCAGGCCACGGCUGCUGCCCCUGGCCUCCCCCCAUCGCGCCCCCUAACCAAGACACACGUGGUGGUGGGGGGGCCGCCCGGGGGGCCACCCGUGCGGGAGCUGGCUGCCGUGCCCCCAGAGCUGACGGGCAGCCGCCAGUCCUUCCAGAAGGCCAUGGGCAACCCCUGUGAGUUCUUCGUGGACAUCAUGUGAGGGGUACCUGGUCCUGGGCUGCACCCUGCUGGCUCACCAGGGAUGCGGGCAGGAAUGUGGAGGGCAUUUGGACCCCUGACCCUCCGCUUACCAGGGGUUCCAGAACCGCCCGGGCCCCAGCUGAGAGGCUGUUGGGCCCGCCCCCCUCAGCUGGCACCUAGGCUGGACCCCCAGCCGCCCAGGGCAGGGAUUUAAUUUAUUUAUUUAUUGCCUGGCCUGUGUGGUCUGGGGGUGGGGGUGGGUGCCAGGGCUCCUCCACAUCCCAGCUGGCUCUUGGUGCCAAGGAAGGUGUCAACUGGGGUCUCUGGAAGGGGCAUGGCCCAUGGGGGUGCCCGGCAGAAGCCCCUGCCCCUCAGAGGCACCUUCUGUGUACAUCUAUUUUAAACAUGGAAAAGCAUUUAAUUUUCUGGGA